AUGGAAGCAUAGUUUGUAGAUUCAUCUGCAAAAUUUACUGAGAAAGUGAAUCUGCAGUGCAUAUAUUACAAAAAAAAAAAAAAAGCUAUGAUAAUUCAGACAUCCUGGAUGAAAAUUAAUGUAACUCAUAAAGAAAAUACAGCUGUCUUGCAUCUAAUCUAUGGCAUACAUACCAAAGACAAAUACAAUGGAAGAAUUUAUUUUGAAAAUAGGGGUAAAUCCUUGCCCUUCAUCGAUAGCACUUUGGAAGAUGAUGGUCUCCAUCAUAACUAAAUUUUCUCCAUUGUAACUAACUUAGAUGGAAUUUUGGAAAAGGUAAUGGAAAUUACUCAUUCAACGGAUGCUUUUGAAGUGUCUUGGAAACAAAAUAAUUCCAUGUUUACCAAACCAGGAGGAAAUGUUGCUUUUACUUGCCCUUUUAAAAUUGAAGACUCAGUGCAGCGAGCAAUGUGGGAAAGGAUUAAAGCAGAUUGGGUAGAUAUUCUCAUUCUGUGCAACUCAUCAGGAAAGCAAAGCUUUGGUUCAUAUUUCAAAGAAUGCACACCGGUGGAUUGUUCUGAUCAGGAAAACUCCAGGACUGUCUUUCAAAACAUUACAGCUUCUGACUUUGCACUGCACUUCUGUGUAGCUGCUGGGAGAAAAAAAACAACGAUGAGUUUUACUGUGUCUGCAACUUGGGAACACGAAUGGUUUAUUACCUACAUAGCUGAAGGGAUUUCUGCUGCUGUUUUGGUAUUAGAUUUCCUACUGAUCCUCUGUAUCACCACUUCUUACCACAAAAAAGUGAAUAACAAAUCAAUUUGCACAAUAUACUGA